AAAGAGUACCGAUCAUCUUACUUCCGAAGGGAAUCCUUCUGCAUGUUAUUAUCUGAAGUAGUCUACCGUCAAUGUUUUCAAAAUGUAAAACAAAAUCAUGGAACUGGAAGUGGUAACGUACCGGCGACUGAAGAGGGCAUAUACUGUGAAUGUAAAACGCGGCAAGUCAGCUCCACCAUCAGUACACUACAUACAGGGCUACCGAGAAUUCGAAAACCAUUCAACCAAUCAGAGCGCCCGAAGGAAUUCACCUGUCGUUCUCGACCUGUUUUACAAGCUCUGUUGUCAUUCGUGCAGCAUAGGUCACAACUCUACAAAACGUUUUCACGGGGCUUCAGCUCAAUCAAUCCUUGUCAGGAAUGCGCAUGCCCUUGCUCCUUUACUUCAGGUGGUCUACUCCCAUGAGGCGCCUGCGCGGUACGCUGACUUUGGUCUUGGUCUCAACUUUGACCUUUCUGUUCUUCGCGUUCGUGUACCUCAGUUGGAACUGUUCUCGGAAUGCGAGAUUGAUGUCUCUCAAAAAAGUUGGAGUCAGCAGUGUCCAGCGGCGUGCCUUGAUGGAGGAGGAUGUCAGCUUGAUGGCAGCCAUUAGUGACGUCAUCUUGCCAUCUGCGCAUGCGCCAAACAACAGGAGCUACUACACUGCCUCCCAAAAAGGAAAAACCAACACAAGCAGACCUUUUCCUGCUAACUACAGAUUCGAAAAGAUUGAUAAGUGGAGCACGUGGGACAUCUGGUUUAUAGACGAACAAGUCUUGAGGAAAUUCAGGACACUCUCUCGUGCUCUACUUCCAAAGGGCGGGAUGGCCAAGAAUGAAAUAAGGUGGGACUCGACUAAAGUCCACAAAUGUGUCAGGAAAGCAAAAGGUGGCUCAACAUGCAAGCUAGACGACAAAAACACCAUACGUCACUACAACACAUGCGCAAUCGUCGGCAAAAGCGGCAUCCUGACCGGCAGCCUUUGCGGUGGUGAGAUUGACGCGCAUGAUUACGUCAUCAGGUUCAGCGUCGCUCCAACGGUUGGUUACGAACAUGACGUCGGCAGCAAGAGAGACAUCACGUUUUUAAAUAAGGACGUUCUUCUUAAAAUAAGCAAAUCCCUGCGUUUGCCGGAUCCCAGAAAUCUCUAUACGCAGCGUCUGAAGAGUAUGAACGCUUCAAUCCUCAUGUUUGAUAAAGGAAAGACCAAAGAAUGGAACGCAGACAUGAAAAGUCUCAUCACGAUAGCCAGGAAAAAUAAACUUUGCUUCACUCUUAGAAAGAAUACCAAAAAUCUCGGAAUCAUAAUUAGAGGUAUCAUCAGCCAAGAAAUGCCUGACUUGGCCCGGCAUCUCGUAGGAGGAGUGGACACGACCGGAAUGUUGUCUGUCUUCAUGGCUUCCACCUUCUGUCGCAGAAUAAACCUUUACGGCUUCUAUCCUUUUUCCAAAGACACUCACGGCAAAGGCAUCCGCUAUCACUACUACGACAACGUCAAACCGAAACGUAAGGAUGACUUCCCGGUGGAGUAUAUGGUUAGCAAACGUCUGCACAGCCUGAGGGUAGUCAAUCAUGUCAUUGAUAAGUGUCGAUAAGGGCCACCUAGCGUCAGGAAGGUUUACUGCAAUCUUGCCUUCAUAGAUGCGGUGGUCUGUCGGUUAGUGUUCCUACUUCUGGGCCAUAGGGUCAGAGGCUCCAUCCUACCCGGUGGAGUAUAUGGUUAGCAAAUGUCUGCACAACCAGAGGAUAGUGAAUUAUGUCAUUGAUAAGUGAGGAUAAGCGCCACCAAGCGGCGGCACUGUUUACUGCAAUCUUGCCUUCAGGGAGAAUGUUCAGGGAUGCUGUGGUUUAUAGGUUAGCGAUCCUACGUCUGGGCCGUAAGGUCAGUUGUUCCAUCUAAACUUUGAAGUCCUUUGAUGAAGGCCGUCUUAACAUAUCUAUAGCUCACGAUAAAUUCAUCAGGAGUUCUAAACUUCGCUUUGGAUAGACAGGGUAACGGCUAUAGCUACAUUAGAACAUUCUUGGUCUUAUUGAGUGUUAUAGUGCUAUAUUUAGUAAUAAAGUUAUUAUUAGUUCAGAAGGCAUCCUCGUUUAUUGAACGAUUUUAUGCGCAGUUUUUCUUUUAAUUCUAUUAAUGGGUGUCGUUGAUAUUCUAGCUGUAUUUAUACAUCUUAUUAUGUUGCGUAUUUCGGAGAUACAAGAAUGAAAUGAACAAUUCUGACUGUGAAUCUGACUUAUGUGUUAUAUCUCUGUAAUUAAGCCAGUUUGCAAUAGAAAUCAAAUACAAAUCAGUAAAGCGGAACCUAUAAUCAUGCACAGUGUGAUGCAUUGUGGGUAAUAGGUCAAAUUUGAAGGCCUCUGAGACCAGAACUGUUUACAAGUUUGGGGCGAUCACCUUUUAUUUCACGCAUGCGCAGCUCAAACCGGGAACCGGUUUAUUGCUAGAAAUUUGGAUAUUCACUGACAGUAAUUAGGGUCAAAGAACGAUAACAAGACAAUACAAUUUUCUUCAAUAAUGGCUA